CACGAGCUAUAGCGGGUUGCAUCGAGCCGAGUUGAACGGUAAAACCGGCGCGGCGUGAGUUAGUCAGCCAGCAGAAGCGGGAACCGCGCCAGUCUGCAGUGAGUUCUCCGUGCGAGAGCUGCGCUCUCUUCGUGUCGUCACGCGGGGGUUGUUUUAUCUCCAUAGAUAGUAGACUGUUCAAAUCUAACUCCAGGUGCACAGAAAGAGAAACGAGAGCUUGUCGUACGAGUAGCCGAGAUUCAGUGAACACAUUUAUAAUUUUUCUUUUUUGUGAGUGACAAAUAAGAAGCCGCCAACACGCAGCGAAUAAAUCACAGUGUUCAAUCUAGAGCAAUGUCCUUGGAGGAGUCGCGACGCUCGCAGCGUCCGUACAGGUACGGGAUGGUUUUUCUUUGCGUCGGGGCACUGAUAAACUGGUUAGGCCUCGCGGAGAACUACGUCGAACCGGUACGAUAUGUCGGUGUUGCUUGCAUAAUCGCCGGCGCUCUUCUCAUAUGUGCCGCAAUGUGUUGUUGGCUGCACGCACCGCCAAGUAGGGCAACCAUGCACACACAACACACAAACCAUCCGAUCACGGCGCAGAUAGACGAUCCGAUUCACGUUAUCUCUAUCGAGGAACCUUCUAGUGGAUCCAGACAGAAACCGCCGGACUAUGAAGCCGUCACGGACGCGCCACCCAGCUACGAUGAUGCCAUCAAGCUGAAUCCUAGUCAUCUGCUGAGGACGAGCAACUGCUCCAUGUUGUCCUUGCCAGCCGUUCACAACAUGGUACCCAGAACUGUGGAGAUUGCCUCUAGAGACCCGACACCCUCGCCGCCGCCUCCGUAUGCGAGGUGAAAUUUAUGGUAUUAGCAAUCAUAUGCGCAACGAAAGAGGUUUGCGGCAUGCUGGAGGUCCAGCGUAUUGCAAUACGGCGAAGAACGAAGCAAGUGCAAAGAAGAGGACGACGUGAGAAGCGUGUCAGUAGUCAGUAGCUGUCACAGGACCGAUGACAAUGGAGAGAGCACACGAAGGAAUAAUCGUUGGCGAUUAACGAUAAGGCGUCGCGGCACUGGACCUCGUUUUAAGUAGACUAAAGAUAUGUGUUCGGAGGACGAAACAGAUAGUCCCCCACGCGGGACUCUGGUUUUGCUGAAUCGAUACAACGACAAGAGCGAAACGAAGGAGAUAGACGCAUAUGUCUUACGUUGAUUGAUGGAUCAUCAGAUUUCGCAACAAUUUGAGAAACUCGGGUGAGCUAGUACGAGUCGAAGAAUGCGUAACGAAUACUGUGCCUUCCGUUGGCGAGACACGAAAUACUCAUGACUCGACGGAGUUCUAAGAUUUCUAGUGAGUUUGCUGAUAAACAUUGAUGCUGUUGUCGACUUCGUUUGAUUAAUUUAGGGCGAGCCUAAAAUAACCCAUGUACGUUCAAUGCGAAUUCCUCGUUAUUGCGAGGAAUUAAAAGUAAAAAUAAGACAAGGAGGAGAGGAGUCCUAUAAAAAGUGUCGGAAUCGAAAGUUCCGAUCUGGUAUAGCUUAGACAAUCGUACGGCUUAUUUAAAGGAAAUACGUUUGCUUGCCAUAUGAUUUCGAUGAUUGUCCUUUUUACACUGUGUACAUACCACAUGCGAGAAGUUCGCACGUCCAUUUUAUUGUGAUACAUACGGUAAUGCAGGUAUUAUAAUAUAUUGUAUAAUACGUCAUUGUGACAUUGCUUUGUGAAAUAAGACUCUUUUUUUAUAAUGAAAAUGCAAAUAUACUGAGAGAGAAAUUUUAA